GGGUUGAGUCAACUUUGAGCACCACGGGAUCAUUGGAAUCCGUGGAAAGACAUCAAGGAAGUGUGGACUGUUAAUUUUGACAUCACAAAAAUCUUGUUUUACAAAUAUUUAACCAUAUCCAAUGACUCUUCAUUCAACACCGUGCGAAUGGUACAACCUCAAACGAAGAUGCACUUGAAGGGUAAAGAGAGGCAUGCUGAAGUUGCUAGGAGAUGAGUGGCAGAUCUAAUAGAAUACCAUCCGAAUAAUGAAAUCACCGUCGUUCUAAAUGUAAACGCUUUUCGCUAUGUCAUCCCUGCUGUCGAUUCUGAACAGGAAGACCUGGGCAACAUUGUGGCUCUUUUUCAUCUUUAUUAAAAUCUCCAACCAUCCGAUAACAUGCUCAGUACUUGAAAGUCUGAUCGCGGAGCGCACGGACUACUGGGAGGGUUGCAAUAGAACCCUCGCUUCAAGUGCACGCCCCAAAACUGGAAUCUACUGUAAGGGAACGUUCGACACAUUUGUGUGUUGGCCCCAUUCAGCUCCCGGAAAUGUGUCCGUCCCCUGUCCUCCGUACUUACCAUGGAUCAGCAUGGCUGCGGACAUUUCGAGGAAGGCACACCGGGAAUGCUUGGAAAAUGGAAGAUGGCGGCAGAAGGAAAAUUCCACAGAGCCUUGGAGGGAUGACUCCGAAUGUCAGGGAGAGCAUUAUUUUAAAGACAAGGAAGAGCAAAUGCUUCGGCAGACAGCCCUGCGGGUCGUCUCGAUCAUCGGCUAUUCACUCUCUCUGGCUUCCCUCGUGAUUGCAACGCUCCUCAUGGGCAUGUUCAGGAAGCUCCAUUGUACAAGGAACUACAUUCACAUGAAUCUGUUCGUCUCAUUCAUCCUGAGAGCUGUCGCUGUCAUUUCGAAGGAAAUCGUUCUAUACAUCAUGUAUUCCAACCUACCCAAGGAUGACCCUGGAUGGAACUCGUAUUCAAGUUCUCCGAUUUCUCUGAUGUGCAAAUUCUCCAAAGUGGCCAUGGAGUAUUUUGUGGCCUGUAACUAUUUCUGGCUUUUAGUGGAAGCAAUUUUCCUCCACACACUGCUCUUCACUGCAGUGUUGACCAAGCGACGCCUGUUGAAGAAUUACAUGCUGUUAGGAUGGGGAAUGCCGAUCUUCUUUGUGACACCGUGGACGGUCGUGAAGAUUUUAUAUGAAAACACAGAGUGCUGGUCAAUUGUGAACCGAUGGUUCUGGUGGAUAAUAAAAGGACCAAUCACUUUGGCAGUGCUGAUCAUUUUCUUCAUAUUCAUCAAGAUUCUGCUGCUGCUGCUGUCCAAGCUCAAAGCGGAUCAGGUGAAAUUUACCGACUACAGAUACAGCUUAGCCAGGGCAACCCUGGUCCUGAUUCCUCUGCUGGGCAUCCAUGAAGUCGUCUUCACUGUGCUCGUCGAUGAAUGCAUGGAGGGAAACAGUCGCUACGCUCGCGACUUCAUCAAUCUCACCCUCAGCUCUUUUCAGGGGUUCUUGGUUGGAGUGUUGUAUUGCUUCGCGAAUGGAGAGGUGCAAGCUGAGUUGAAGAAGCGUUGGCAGAUUUUCUUGUUCAACAAUAAUUUCCAGUUCGGGGGCUGCUUUCAGGGUGCGGCACUCAAGCACCUGUGGAAGUGCACAAAAAAGCACCGCACACGGUGCCAGCGAAGAAACUCCUGCGACGAAAGAGCGACUUCAACUUUCACCGCGCACCCACACCUCCUACAGGUGGCUCUGCGAGUGAGCGGUGGAGCCUUUGGAGAAAGCGAGAAUGAAUGUCAGGCGGCGAAAAGAUUUGACAUAACAGGUCUUGACUUUCUGACCAGGAAGAGUCUGUCAAGCAGUGAUGGAGAAAUUACUCUCGGAGAGACUAUGGAGGAGAUUCUGGAGGAGAGCGAGUUUUAAAUGCACGCAGCUUCUUUAUAAGAGACGAUGAAGUCGAAGGACAUAUCAAGACUGUGGUUUAAAUCAUUAAAAGACACUUUCCAGUAUGAAUAGAGGAAUGUUCGACUCGACAAAAGUCAAGUGUAAAAAGCCGCUUGUACAUACACGUGAACGGCACAUGAUUAUGUCAUUAAUCAAAUCACAGUUGACCCUAUCGUUCAGUAUGCGCACCGAUUUUGUUGACAACUUAUAAAUCUCUCAACGCCAAUACGUCUGGAUUAAAAUGGUCCUAUGAAUACAAUGUAUUUGCUGUUUUAAAUGUGAAUAAUGACAUAUUGAGGAAUUAAAAGUGUGGAGCAAAUA